AUGGCCGUCAACUAUAAUGCAGAGGACUACGACAAACUGGAACGCGAUUGGAUAGAGCUUGUCCGUCCCGACGAGGACAUGGCAAUUCUGAAUGAGCUGCUCGAGCGAAAGCAAGCGGGAAUUCCAAAGCCGCUGCGUCUCGCACAUUCCAUUGAAGACAUUGAGAAGAUGAGCCCUACAUUCCCUUACGCUGUCGGCACCAAACUGAACGAGGGCGCCACAUUCGCCGACCAGCUUCGCUUCCGCGGCGCCGUCAUCGACUACAUCAAGACCGGAACUCCGCUCGAGAAGUGGGAAAAACGCGUCUUGCUGUCCUAUUUUGUCAGCAACGUGGACAAAGACCGGAACUUCAAUCUGUUCUUCCAGCAGACGCGGGCUCGAGCUUUUGACUAUCUAACAAGGUGGACUUCGCGCAAAGCGUCAGCACUCGAAGCGGCCUAUGUGUUGGCCUGUUUGGAGACAGUUGGAUUUGGACCGGUACCGACGAUUCGCGGGUCUCCCACAUACUGGCGCAACAGGUUCGUCGAGAGACUGCAGGAGGAUCCGAGUAAAUACCGGUUUAUCGGCCAGGAUCAUGUUCGUCGGCUUAAUCGCAGGUCGAUGGCGCACAUGGACAAAGCAGCACUUGCAUGGAAUGCGAAAGUAGACGCUGGUGAGCUUCCUCCCUCCUCCGAGGGCGAGAAUCCUGACAUGUUGAUGAUGUGGAUCUACACGCUGUGUGGCGGACAUUUGACCCUGGAUCGAUCUACUAUGCUGUUCAGUGGCAUGCGCACUGGAGUUGUCCAGAUAUUGGAAACAGGAGCUGCAUCGGACGUACCUUGCACAGAGAAGAACAAGAAGAAACGACACCACAAGUCACGCUCGCAGAAAAAGGGCAACCCAUCCGGCGUUCAGAAAAACAUGUAUCCGGACAAAACCAUCAGCAAGCACCUUCCCAGACAGCCCAUUCCAGAGCCCAAGAACAAUAAGACCCUACUGCUCAACAUCUCGGCCAUUACUCAUGAGACCAAGAGCAGUGAGGUUUUGGCCGGUCUGGUCGCCAAGUUCCCUGGCUGGUGUCCCACGCAAUCAUUCCUUCUCAGCGAGCAGGGAAUGGACAUUGAUUCUGAGGAAUGGGGGCUUCCUGUUACGCUUCCCGCUGUCUACAACGAUGGCUCGGAGGAUGACGAGAUGGAAGGGACUGAUGAGGAAGGAAUUUCAAUGUUUGGUCUGUGCAAUGAGUUGGGGCAAUUGGAUCUGUCCGGUUCAAAGGUCGACAUGGACGACGUUAUCAGGGAGAUGGAGAAGGCGAAACUGGAUGAUGACAAUGAUGCAGAUAGAAUGGACAGUGACCGAGAAGAUGGGGUGAACUAG